AUGGGGGAGUCCGAUUCCUUGGACACGGGAGAUCGCGCUGGUGGCCGGAGCUGGUGUUUACGUCGCCUGGGGAUGACAGCCGAGUGGCUGCAGCUGGAGAAUGGGAGCGAGGUGACUAUAGGGCGAGGAUUUGGUGUCACAUACCAGCUGUUAUCAAAAAGCUGCCCUUUGAUGAUUUCCCGAAACCACUGUGUUUUGAAGCAAGAUGCUGAAGGCCAGUGGACAAUUAUGGACAACCAGAGUCUGAAUGGGGUUUGGCUGAACAAAGAACGUCUGGAACCUUUAAAGGUCUAUUCCAUCCAUAAGGGAGACCACAUCCAACUUGGAGUACCGGUGGAAAAUAAGGAGAAUGCUGAAUAUGAAUAUGAAGUUACUGAAGAAGACUGGGAGAAGAUACACCCUUGUCUUGCCUCAAAGAGUGUCCAGAUGAUGGAAAAAAAUAAAGGCUUAAGGACUAAAAGGAAAUGUAGUUUGGAUGAUGUGCUUGGUGCUGGAGCUGAAGGUCCCUCAAAUUCAAAAUCAAAAAUUCAUAAAAUAUCUUGUGAACCUGAUCAUCCAGAGAUGUCACAUGUGAAAGAUGAAGUGGCCAUUCAGCCCUCUGAAUAUUUGGAUCCUAAGUUGACUUCUCUUGAGCCCUGUGAGAGCACCACAGGGGCUCACACUAGCAUGUCGCCCCCAAAAGUAGUUGCAGUUCCUCAUAAGAAGAAAGCCACAAACCCGUCUGUAUCUCAGAGCAGUUUAGAGCAGCUUAAGGUGACCAUGUCUAGGAUUCUGAAGCUGAAAACUGAGGUACAAGAGAAGCAGGUAGCUGUCCUGAAUGUGAAAAAGCAGAACCAAAAGGAGAACUCCAAGACAGUUGUGAAAAUGGAGCAGGAGCUGCAAGAUUUACAGUCUCAGUUGUGUGUAGAGCAGACCCAGCAGCAAAUGAGAAUGGAGCAGCUAGAGAAGACGUUCCAGGAAGAGGAAGAACAUCUCCAGAGUUUGGAGAAAGAGCAAGGAGAAGAGGACCUGAAGCAACAGCUGGCCCAGGCUCUGCAGGAGCAUCGAACUCUCAUGGAAGAGCUCAGUUGCAGCAAGAAGAACUUUGAGGCAAUCAUUCAAGCCAAGAACAAAGAGCUGGAGCAGACCAAGGAAGAGAAGGAGAAGGUGCAAGCACAGAAAGAGGAAGUUCUUAACCACAUGAAUGACGUCCUAGAGAAUGAGCUCCAGUGUAUCAUUUGCUCAGAAUACUUCAUACAGGCUGUCACCUUGAACUGUGCCCACAGUUUCUGCUCCUUCUGUAUCGGUGAAUGGAUGAAGCGGAAAAAGGAGUGUCCUAUUUGUCGGAAGGACAUCACAUCCAAAACUCACUCCCUCGUUCUGGAUAAUUGCAUUAGUAAAAUGGUAGAUAAUCUGAGCUCAGAAGUGAGAGAGCGACGAAUUAUCCUUAUUAAGGAACGGAAAGGUGGGUAG